UCGGCAUGUGUAGGGCUACGGCGCGGCCGGGCUGAGAGAUCCCUGUCUCCGGGAGGAGUAUAAUUUCCCCUUUUUUCGAAGAGAGCAGCAACUGACUCGAUCGUUUGCUGCUUCUCCCUCUCCAAAUUUAUCUUUUCAUAAAAACCACUUCAGACUCUCAGAGCUGUCGCUGUAUUAUUAUUCCCUCCCUGCGAGAAUUUCUUUUCUCCAGCUGCCCAGGUCUUGCGUUCCGAGUCACGAGUUUUAGGAGACUAAGAUGGAGAACGCGGAGCUGUACGUAUCCUCGAACGCUCUUCAGAAGCGUGACGCCCUACUCGUUCUAACCGAGUUCCUGCCGCAGAUGGGGUGGCAGGAGGAAGGGGAGACCAUCCUCGACGUGGGAUGUGGUUCAGGCGACGUGACCCACAAUCUGCUGAUGCCCUUGCUACCCCGCGUAGAGCAGGUCAUGGGGGUCGACGUGUCCAACGACAUGGUCAAUUUCGCGUCCAAGACCUUCCUGCACAACUCCCUAAGCUUCAGGCAACUGGACAUAGAGAGGAGUGUUCAGCCAAGGGUCGUUCAUCCCGAUGGCUUCACGAAGGUGUUUUCCUUCUACUGCCUCCACUGGGUGCGAGAUCAACGACAGUGUCUCACCAACAUCUUCAACCUGCUGCAGCCUGGGGGCGAGACCCUCCUGGUGUUCCUGGCUAACAACCCGCUCUUCGACAUGUACCAGAACAUGAGCGAGAAGACUCAGUGGAAUCAGUACAUGCAGGACGUGAGCAAAUUCAUCCCCGUGUACCAGCAUAAGGCCAACCCAGCCCAGAUCAUGUCGGAUUUGGCAGAAGACAUUGGGUUCAACGUCAUCUCGUGCGAUGCCCCCUACUUUGAAUUCACUUUCCAAAACGCUAACAUUCUCAGAAACGCCAUCAAAGCGGUGAAUCCAUUCCUGAAGCGGAUUCCCAGCGACCAGCAGAACGAAUUCCUGAGGGAGUCUCUCAUCGAGCUGGCCAAACUCAAGACCAAGAUGAACGACGGCAAAAGCGUGGCGCGCUACAAUCUCAUGAUAGCGCAUCUACAGCGACCUGAGUAGGUCACUGCGCAUGCGCCCCCCUUCAUUACCUGUGUGUGUGUGUGUGUGUAAUGUGGUGGUAUUUAUGUUGAAGCCUUGAAGUUAGACGUGUGUAUGGGAGAGUGUAUGUGCGUAUAUGUGUGAGUGCGCGCGCACGCGUGGGUCAGGCGUGAGAGUAGAUAAGGCAAUUUCCCUUGGGGAUAGAUUCAAAACAUAUCUGCCGUUGUGGAAUUUGAGGCACAAAGAGAGAAUUUUAAGAUUUAAAUGAUAUUAUGAAAAUAUAUUUUAUUUUAAUUUUUAGAUCAAAUUGAUUUCCGCAAUAAGAUGACUGCCAAUACGUUUUUUUAUUGACAUUACUUUGCAUAUUGCAAAGUAAUAUCAAUAAUUUUGCCUUGAAUUAAGUCUUCAGUAUUUGACAGCACACUGUUAAUAGAUGAAACACAGGAAAAAGCGGUUUGAAUAUUGCUGCAAAUUGCAAUCAGAAACAGGAAAUGUAUAAAUCUGUAUUUUAAUGGUCAGCUGAUCACAAUUCAUUGGUUAUUUACUAAACUGUCAAACUAAUUUUAUCAGUAUGAAGAAGACGGUAGAUAAGAAAUUAUAAAAAAGGGCAGAUCUAAGGAGAAAUUGGUUUCACCCUUCCAGAAGAGAUAGAGAGGAGGCUGUGAAUUAAUUGUUUAUUAGCAUGAACUUUACUUUAUAUUUUAAUGUUGACAUAUGUCAUGAUUAUCUAUGAAUUAAUUUAUU